CAGAGUACAAACAAAGAAGAUUACACAAUUAACAAUACUCAAAAUGCACAAAAACAUCUUGCUAUUUUAGCUAUUAAUUUGAUCUAGAAUCAAUUAAGUUGUAGUUACAUGGAGUACCGACGUAUUUGAAGGCAAUAUCUAAAAAUUUAAAAUAUGUUUUUUUUUGAGUGGUCAUCUGUCAAAUAACUUUCAUUUACUAUCAUUCAAUUAUCAAUUGUCAUAGUCACAGAAAGAUUACAAAAGCGAAAAAGCCAUACAAAUAACAAAAUUAUAAUGAAUCAUGCAAAUAUUAAAUAAAUUGUGAAUUUGUUAAAUUUCGCUAAAGAUACAAAUAUGGAGGCAGUACCAAAAUUUGCUUUUAUAAGUUUUGAGCUAAAGGUUAGCCCAGAAAGUACGCAUUUUGGGCCAAAACUAAAACAAUAUAUAGCAGAGGUGUAUCGAGAGGAUCCUGAAAGUUAUGCGAACGAAAUGCAUCAGUUAGAAGGCUUGCGAUCUGCUGCUGUACGGCCGACGGUUGAUUCUGCAGGACUCAAAGCUUUAAACAGAUACUUUUGUCAACUGCGUGCUAUGCAGAGUCGAUUUCCGAUGGCUAAAGGACAACCUGCUGCUUGCAUGUUUGUUUGGAAGGAUCUAUAUGCGAAUAUGAAUUGUUCAUUGGCAGACUUGCGAUUUGAGAUGGCAUGUAUUCUGUAUAACAUAGGGGCUCUUCAUACUCAACUAGCAUCAUUUGAAACACGUACAUCGGCAGACAGUCUGAAACUUGCAUGUCAGCAUUUUCAAAAUGCCGCAUGGGCUUUCCAGUACUUAAGAGAACAAUACCCUCAACCGUCUGGGGCAGAUGUGUCUUCAGAGAUUCUUAAAUUAUUACAAGAGAUAUGUUUUGCACAAGCUCAAGAGUGUAUAUUGGACAAAAGCAGACAGGAUACAAGGAAACCCAGUGUUAUCGGUUCUGUAGCAACACAGGUUUUACAUUUUUACAAAAACUCAAUGGCUAUACUGGGUCCCUCGACGGGGACAGAUAACAUCCAUGAGAUAAUCGGCACCAAAUUAUACAACAACUGGUAUCGCCACUUGUCCUUUAAGGCCUCCUACAUUGGUUGCAUUGUUUCGUUAUAUCAAGGAAUAAGUGCUGAAGAACAGCAGAAAAUGGGUGAGCGUGUCGCUUGCUACCAGCUUGCUGUCGAUAAAUUGAAUGAAGCUCGAAAGUUAGCAAAAUACAUCGAACCAGUGCAAGCGACCCAAGAAGGUCUCACCUUCACAAACGACAUAGUUGAGGGCAAACGAAAAGCCGCCAAGAACGAAAAUGAGUUUAUAUACCAUGAAGAAGUUCCCGAACAAGAUAUGCUAACUGAAAUGAAGCCCGUGUGCUUAGUAAAAGCUGUAGCGAUCGAUUUCAACGACCCCGAGGUGGCGGGCACCGACGUGUUCGCUCGGCUGGUGCCUCUGGGCGCGCACGAGGCGGCCUCGCUGUACUCGGAGCGGAAGGCGCAGCUUCUGAGGCAAGUGGGCGCCCAGGCCGACGCCAAGGAUCUAGAGCUCACGGAGUUCCUGUCGUCGCUUCAGCUCGAUCAGCUGGACCGUCUGGACGAUGACGACCAAAAGAUUCCGCAGGAGGUCGUGGACCGAUGUGCGGCCAUGAACGCCGACACGGACAUGAUCACCACCCUCGCCGGCUCCAUGAACGCUCUCGCUGAACUCAUCACCGACGUCGAGCACGCGCUCGCGGACAUCGAGGCCGUCAUACAGGAGGAGAACGAGGCGGAGAAGCGGUACCAGAAGGCGAUGGGCCCGCGGCCGCCGUCGCUGGUGCAGACGGAGCUGGCCAGGGAGCUGCACAAGUACCGCGAGGCGCACGCGCGCACCGCCGACAGCAACGCCGUGCUGCACAAGGCCAUGACGCUGCACAUCGCCAACCUGCAGUCGCUGGCGCGUCCGCUGUCCGAGCUGAUGGGCGCGCUGCCCGGCGUCGCGCGGUUGCCCGCCCCGGACCGCGACGCGAUGCGCGAGAUGCGCCGGGUGCUCGCCAAGGCGCACGAAAUGCGCGCGCAGCGCCACGCCCUGCUGGACGAGCUGCGCGUCGCGCUCGCCGCCGACGACGUGACGCCUCGACUGCUGGCCGACCCCGCGAGCGACCGCGACCGCCUCUUCGACCUCGAGAUCGAAAAGCACACCCCCCGGGUCAAGAUAAUCGAACAGAAUUUGGCGGCCCAGGAGAACGUCAUCAACCGCCUGACCUCGCUGUACGCCGCGUACGGGGACUCGCGGCGCCUGCUCGCCGACGUGCUGCGCAAGCGAGACGCCACGCUCAACGGUCUGAUAACGUCGUACGACAGCUUCGGCGAGCUCGUCAACAAGUCGACCAAGGGGCUGGAGUUCUACCGCAAGCUCCAACACAACUUGACGGCGCUGCUCGCGCGGGCCCGCUCCGUUUGUCAGGUGCAGCGCGAGGAGCGAGCCCAACUCGGCGAAGCCGCCCCCGCCCCGCUCGCCGGCCCCGCUCCGGUCGCCGCCGCCGCCGCAGCUCCCGCUCCCGCUUCCUCGGCUGCGCCCAAGCUCAAAGACUAUCUGCCCUACAUGAAGAACAGGACGUCGUCCAGGACGGUCCCGCCACAAGGUCCCUCGCAGCCGCAGCCCGCUUCGUCGCCCGAAUUCUUCUGCCCCUCGGCCGUCCGCCCCGCGCCCCUCGGCUCCGAAGCCACGGACGUCGGCCUCGUCGGGGGUCUCCCGGACGGCGUGUCGUCGGGGGCCUACGCCCAGAGUCCGCCCCCCUACGCGCCCUCCGAUUUCGACGCCUACCCGUCCAAGUACGGGAAUCCCACCGACGGACCCGACGAUGUCCAAAACUACAAUCUCUACGGCUCCUCGCGACAGUUCCCGGUUCCGGCGCCGGAGAUGCUCUACCGCCCGUUCGCCCCCGCGGGCCCGACGCCGUCGGUCGACGCGACCUUCGACCUGAGCUCCGACGUGGCGCGGAUGCACGUGGGCGGCGAGUACGCGCAGACGUACUUCAGCGUGCAGUACCCGGCCAGCAGCUGCGACGUCGCCACGUACAGUCGGGCGCCGCAGGACAUCCACACGAGCAGCACGGCGCACGCGCCUCACGCUCUCAACUACCCCUACGCGCGGAUCGAGCGAGCCGACCCCUUCGCCGACCCCCGAGCUCCGCCGGCCUCGUCGAGCGCGUACUCGACGGUGUCGGUCCCGGUCCCUCUCGCGUUCCAGUCCUACGCCGCCCCUCCCGAGUCGGGGGCGAACGUUCUGUACUACGACUCCAACUCUUUCACCGCCGGCGACCAGACGCCCCGCUGGGCCGACGGCUCCGAUCCCAAUAUAAACGUGAAUCUUAGCGUUUCGAGCGGAUUCGCUCCGGGCGCCUACGGCUCCGAGAUGCGGACGCCGGGCCCCUACGACGUUCCGACCUCCGGGGUCGACCCCGCUCUGGCUCGGUUCGACGAACUAGACAGACCUAUAAGAUCCCACGCCAAGGGGGAGGCCCUGUCCGCCGGGCCGAUGCCGAUGCCGAGUUACGUGACGCUCGACUACGUUCCGGAUCCGGUUUCCCAAACUCCGAACGCGGCGGCGGGCCAGGGGUACGGGGCGCAGUACGGCCAGAGCUACCAGAACCAUCCCGGGUACACGUACAACGUCGCCACCGGAAACUACGACUACAGCUACGGCUCCCAGAACUCCUACUUCGCCUACGAGCGACCGGCCGACCUCGAACCCCAGAGAGACGCGGCGAACGCGAGUCGGGAGAUCGGCGGCGUGUACACCAGCGCCGGACACUACGACACGGUGCAGUCCCCGGCCGAAACCCCGCAGGAGACCGCGCCGGACCCGGGACUCCACUUCGGCGGCCCGGCCCCGUCCGUCGACGUCUCGGUCGCGCCCGCUCCGCAAGCGGCGGCUGGCGAGGAGAUCGCGAGCGAGCCGCUCCCUCCCUCCGCCCCCGCGGAGGAGGGGGAACCGACCGCCUUCGAUCUGCUCUCCGACAUAGAUUUCAGCGUCGACCGAAAACCGUUGACUCCCGAAAUAAACGUCCCCCGGAUCCCGGAGAGCGCCCGGAUCCUCGAGCCUGCGAUCGCUCCGAGGGUCGCUCCGAGUCCCGCGCCGGAGGAGGAGGAGCCGACGGGGCGACCCGCCGAAGGGAAUCUCUUCUCGGACCCCGGCACCGUCAACCGGUUCACCCAGGAGGUUAAACAUUUACAAAAUCUGGUCGCUUCCCUGUCGAACGGGAGCCCCGGCGGCGACGGGUCGACGUCGCUCGACGCCGCCUGGAGACGAGUGCUGGACGUUUGCGAGGCGCAAAAACGAGAAGACGCGAAGAGGUCGAAGGGCACAGCCGCGGAUAGAUCGCCCGACUCGAGAUUGACGCUCAGAUCCGAUCUCGACGCCCGCUAUUAUAAGCAACUGGGGCCUCAUGCGAUCCCCCUCGUGAUAUGUAAACGUCCCGACGACGCCAACGUCGAAACGUUCUGGAAAGCGAUGUUUGAGAAAAAGAUCGGUUGCGUCGUCUGCUGCCAGACGGAGACGGAGACCGAGACGCAGAGCGCGAUCUUCCUCACGUCCGCCGGCGACGUCACGGUGACGCCGGAACCUCCGCGUUCGACCGCGCACUGGAGCGAGCGCCGUCUGCGCCUGCGCGUCUCGCCCCACGCCCGCGAGCACGCGCUCACGUUCCUCCGGCCGCACGCGGCGCCCGCCGGGACGUCGGACUCGUCGCGGGUGGCCCUGUGCGACGCGGCGCUGCGAGCGAGCGGCCGGGGCGGGGUGUGCCUCCUCUGCGACGGCGGAGGCCGAGGCGCUUCGACGGCGCUGCUGUUGGCCGUCGUGUGCCAAGUGCGCGCCGGGCGCGUGGACCUCGCCGAGACCUUAUCGACGGGGAUGGCGUCUCUGAGUCGAGGAGGCAGCGCAGCGGGAGACCCCGUCGACCUGCUCCGCUCGGUGCUCUUCUACGCGCAGGGCGUUCUGCGCUCCGGUAAAGCCCCGCUCCGCUCCGGCGCUCCUCGCGUCUCGGAACCUCGGGACUCAGCUAACGUUUCCUCCGAUUCGCCAGGUUCCCCGACGUUCAAAGGAGAGCCGGCGGCGGCGCCGAGCGCGGCGGCGGCCCCGGCUCCCCGGCCGACGUCGCAUCGGAACAAGUUCAGCCGCGAGUCCUUCGAGGAGAUGCGGCAGGCGGCGGGACUCAAGAGCGGCGACAUGACCGACCCCCUGAACUUCCUGGAUCCGCUUUGGACCCUCAAAAAGAAAUAGUCGCCGUCGCGAAUUACCAUUUCGUGUAGACGUAAGAGCUCAGCCCGCGGCGACCGUCGACGCCUCGCGAGGCUUAAGUGUGAGCAUAUUUAUACAAUAUUUAAAGAUGGAUCAUAUGUGUUAUUAUUAUGAUGUAUGCAAUUCUGUUAUUGAAUUAUAAAGAUUGGAUAUUAAUAAACGAUCGCCUCUCA